AUGACCCAAGCUGGUCCUGACGGCUACCAGCCAGGCAACAUCAGGAUGAACCUGGAGAACUCUGACCUCUGGAAGUCCUUCCACGAUGUGGGAACUGAGAUGAUCAUUACCAAACAUGGCCGGAGGAUGUUUCCCCACUGCAACAUCAGUCUGUCUGGACUACAACCCAAUGUGAAAUACGUCAUCAUGGUAGAGAUGAUCCUGGCUGACAACUUCAGAUACAAGUGGAACAGGGAGCAGUGGGAGGUGGGCUGCAAGGCGGAGCCCCUGCCCCCUUGCAGGACAUACGUGCACCCCGACUCUCCCGCCCUGGGAAGCCACUGGAUGAAGCAGUCCGUCUCCUUCCUUAAGCUCAAACUCACAAACCACACCCUGGACCAACACGGCCAUAUCAUCCUGCACUCCAUGCAUCGCUACUACCCGAGGUUUCACGUCAUCCAACCAGACAGCCCUUACACGGUGCGCUGGGGAAACUUCCAGACCUUCUCUUUCCCAGAGACGACCUUCACUGCAGUCACAACCUACCAGAACCUGAAGAUCACUAAACUGAAGAUUGACCACAACCCCUUUGCUAAAGGCUUCAGAGAGGAUGGCACCAAUAUGCGGAGCAAGAGGUGUCGAACAACCAAGAGCCCCAAGAAAGACAAAAAGAGAGCCAAAUAUGACAGCGAGGUCGAAUACAAAAGCCCCCCAGGCCUCCAGAGGGCAGUGUCUGACUGUGAGCAAGCGGAGGGCAAGUUGACCCUGGGAGCUGAAGAAGAUGGGUCUUCCAAAGGCCACGGCUCUGCUUGGUUUAUGCCUCAUUCUCAGAGUCUUCACGCCGAACCUUUGGAUGUUCAUGGACUGGACCACAGCGCAGAAGAGCAGAUGGUUCCUUCCUCUAUGUCCUACCAGCCUUACAGGUCUGUGGACUAUCGACUUCCUUCUCCCUCUUCUUCUGUGGCGGAGGACUGCAAAGGAUGUCAGAGCUACGAGUGCCAUGCCCCCGAUGUAGCCACCGUUCCCAGGGAUGACACCACCCGACCGGUGUCAAUCAGGGAGCACCGCCCCCCGACCCAGGCCACGCCCAGCCACGAUUACAGGGUCAGCCCCGAGUACAGGGUCAGCCCCAGUGUGGACGUGCCUGGACCAUCCAAACCCAGCCCUGGCCUCCUAGGAUACCCCCACUAUGGACACUACCUGACUGACCAAACUAUGGCUGGACAGGGACACGGUGCCCAGUACCGUAGGCCCUCCCUGCCCCACCAUCACCCACUCAACCCAGCAGAGCACGCCGGCCACCAACACGGCUAUCACCAUGGCAACUCGGCAGAGUGGAGCCAGUACUCUCUCUUCUCCUACGCCUGUUGGUAAUCCCCGCCUCUUGGAUCGUGACAAUGCUAUUCUGAUUACAGGCAGCAGCCACCGCUGUCUUGCUGAACACGAAGGCCCGUUCCUUUAGGGUACAGUUCGCAGGGUUCUCUCAUGUGGGGACACAUGGACACGUAGGCCAGGAGUGGACCAUGUCCCGUAUGCAUGUGCUGUUCCCAGGCUAGCUAUGCCCGGAGCCAUUUUUGUUGCUAAUAGAACAACAGGCAUCCACAGCAGGUCACAUAUAGAGCAGGAUUAUACCCUGGCUGUGACCCACACUGAGAACAGUGCGCAUGUGAACUGUUGUUUGGAGGUGUCAGUGCUUGUGUUGGUGGAAGCUUGUGGUUGGUCACGCGUGAAAACGGGAGGAAAUUUAAGAUAUUGUUUCGCUAUGCUGGUCCAAUGAAAUAAUGGCCGCAUGCAGAUGCCUUUUGAAAAUGGAUUUGAUCCCUUUCUCUUUCGUCAGCAGACACCGUGAAAACUACAAAAUAAUAAAAUACCAAACCAAACCUCUGCAUCCAGGUAGCUUUUUGACCCAUGUUACAAUGCCAUGAUUGUGUGACUCCCUUACACUCUAAAUUUAAAUAAUACUUUUCAUGAAUUCAAAU